UUAGCAACGUUCCAAGCCACAAAUAUCUUCCCCUUUGCCUUCUCAACACCUCACCCUGCCACUGCUGCCUUUCCUCAUUUCUUCUCCCUCUUCUUCUCUUUGUAUUUCUUCAGUCUUGGCUGCUUACUUGGGCUUUCGUUUCUCAAUUCUACUCCUCUUUGUGUUUCAGUUGCAUCUCUUUCCGUCAGCUAAGAAUGGCCGGUGGUGAGCAAGUGGUAAGGAACAAGCAGGUGAUAUUGAAGAAUUAUGUGACUGAGGGUCUCCCCAAAGAAUCAGACAUGGAAGUAAGAGAAGGUAGCAUUCAACUGAAGGUGCCAGAGGGUACUAAAGAUGCAAUUUUAGUCAAGAAUCUCUACUUGUCUUGUGAUCCUUACAUGAGGAACUGCAUGAAGAAGCUUGAAACAUCUUUUUAUGUGGCUUCUUUUGAGACUGGCUCGCCUCUAAGUGGUUAUGGAGUGGCCAAGGUUCUGGAUUCUACUCAUCCAGAUUUCAAAAAUGGCGAUUUUGUUUGGGGGAUGACUGGUUGGGAAGAGUAUAGUCUCAUAACAGCACCAGAUCGUUUGUUCCAAAUUCAACUCACAGAUGUGCCUCUUACCUACUAUACUGGACUUCUUGGUAAGUUUAUUUCAAUGUUGACAAUGCUGCAUUUUUCUGCCAGGUACUUUCCAGAAGGCAUCGAUAUUUACUUUGAAAAUGUUGGGGGAAAGAUGCUUGAUGCUGUGCUACUGAAUAUGAGGGUCCAUGGUCGUAUCGCUGCAUGUGGAAUGAUCUCGCAGUACAACCAUGACCGGCCUGAAGGAGUGCACAACUUGAUGCAUAUUGUGGGAAAACGAGUUCGCUUGCAAGGAUUCCUGGUUGCUGAUUUCUAUCAUCUCUAUCCAAAGUUUCUUGAAAUGAUUAUACCUUACAUUAAAGAAGGGAAGAUAGCGUAUGUUGAAGACAUAGCCGAAGGCCUCGAGAGGGCUCCAGCAGCUCUCAUUGGCCUCUUCACUGGUCGCAAUGUUGGGAAACAGUUAGUUGUAGUCUCCCGUGAUUGAUGUAGCUAUACUACAACCUUAAUAAAGGUUUUGUGAUGGCUGUGCGUGCUACUUUUAUAAACUGAUCACCUGUUUGAUUGAAUAAAAGGAUGUAGAACAAGAAUAUCUGUUCUAUCAGGA